AUGAUUAGAUCUGAAGGUAUGAGUCUUUAUUAGUUGUUGAUUCCCAGAGAAUCAUCCUAUGAUGUUAUGAGUGAAUUGGGUCAAAUUGAUAGUGUGAUGAUAAUCGACCAUUAAUAGCAUUUAUUAUCUAAGCCAUUUAUCAAUUAAGUCCAAAGAUGCGAUGAAAUAUUGAACAAAGUAGAGUAUCUACUCGAUUAAUUAAAUCAGAUAGGUUAAACAAUAGAUCAUGUUUAUGAUUUCAAACUAAUGCUAUAGGAAUUUGAUAGAGUCCUAUCAUUAAAGUAAAUUCAAAAACAUACAUUUAUAAAUUAGAUUGAAGAAUACAUAACUGGAAAAUAUUAAUAAGUUCAAUAAUAAAUUGAUACUCUAUCUAGAUUGAAAUCUAAAUUAUAAAAUACUAGAGAGGCUAAGUAGGCAAUGAUUUAUGCAAGGGAUUGGUUGGGAGGAGCUUACUUCCAUAGCAAAUCAAGUACUGCUUUAGACUUUGAUGAAUAAAUGAUCAAAUCCUAUCAUUAACAUGGUGGUAUGAUGCCUUCUUAGAAGUUUACUCAUUUUGUUGGAGUCAUGAACUCAAAAGAUUAUCAAAUAUUCCAAAGAACUGUGUUUCGGAUAACUAAGGGGAACUUUAUGGUCAAUUAGACUCUGCUGUCUGUUUCAAGAAGCUGUUUUUUAUUGAUAUUUCCUACUUUUUCAUUGUAAUCAGAGACCUGGAGAAAGAUUAAGAAACUGUGUGAUGUGUUGAAAGUAGACCAUAUUUCAUUACCAUUGACAGAAGAAUAAUGGGACUAAAGAUAUUGCGAUUACGAUAAGGAUAUAGCUGAGAUAGAAAACAUGAAUAAAUUGACUCAUUAAUUAUUGCAAUCCAUUCUAAAGCCCUUAUUGGAGGAUGAAAAUACCUAGCCAUCAUUACUCUUUAUACGAUUCUUUUUAGUAAGGGAAAGAACACUAUAUGAAAAUCUGAAUAAAGUGAAAAUGUAAUAAAGCAUCUUUUUGGCCAACCUAUGGGUUAGAACAAGUGAAAUUUAAUUGUUGGAGAAUAUACUUUAAACUAUUAAAUAGAAGAAUCCUCAUAUACCUGCUCCGUAAAUUAAAAUAAAUGAGAUUGUCAAUUAGCAGCCACCAACCUAUUUUUAAACUAAUCAAUUUAACAAAUUAUUUUAAUUGAUCACUGAGACAUAUGGAAUUCCUGAUUAUAAGGAAAUAAAUCCAUCAAUGUUUUCCAUAAUUACCUUUCCAUUUCUAUUUGGAGUCAUGUUUGGAGAUAUUGGUCAUGGGGCUGCCAUUUUGAUAUUUGGAAUACUGCUUUCAAUGAAUAAAGUGUUUUCACCCAGAUCAGAGUAAAAGAAACUUAGAGAAUAAAGAAUUCAAUUAGGAUUGCAAAUAAAGAGAUAAGUAAACUCAAAAGAUUUCAAUGAUGAAGAUCUCAAUGAUUUUAAUUUAACUUAGAUUAUUUUCGAUUUGAGAUAUAUGUUGUUACUUUGUGGAGCAUUUUCUCUUUAUACUGGUUUCAUUUACAAUGAAUACUUUGGACUUUCUUUAAAUAUAUUUGGAUCAUGCAUGAAUAUAUAAGAUUGCACAUACCCUUUUGGCCUUGAUCCAUAGUAUGAAGAUCUAAGCUUUAGAAAUUCAUAUAAAAUGAAAUUGGCAAUAAUAAUUGGGUUUAGUCAAAUGUUAUUAGGAAUACUAUGUUCUGGGUUUAAUUACUUGUAUUUUAAAAAAUGGAUAAAUCUUUUCAUACUCUUCCCAGCACGACUCCUAUUUUUCACUUUAUUUAUUGGUUACAUGGUAAUGUUAAUAAUAAUAAAAUGGUCUACAUUUUAUGCAGAUACAUCAUAAGCACCUAGUAUAAUUACAACAUUAGUUGAUAUGUGGAUGCAUGAUGGAUAAGUCACUUUAAAGACUUUCGAAUCAGCAGAUUAUCAAAGUUAAUUGCAAAAAUUAAUAUUAGUUAUUUGCAUAUUGUGUUUACCCUUCCUUUUAUUUGCUCCCAUAAUUGCUGAUUCAAUAGCAAUGAUAAAACAAAAAAAGAAAGAAUCUGCAAGAUUUGAAAUGAUUCCUUAGAACAUCAAUAGCAAUUUAUCAAAUGAUGAUUUCGUCUCUAAAUAAUCAUAACAUCAAUCUUAUAUAGAUAUAAUUGUUGAACAUCUAAUAGAAACUCUAGAAUUCGUGCUCGGAUGCAUCAGUAAUACUGCUAGUUACCUGAGAUUAUGGGCUUUAUCUUUGGCUCAUUCUGAAUUAGCUAAAGUCCUAUUUGAUUUAACAUUGAAAGAGCCGAUUGCAAAUGCUGAUUUAUUAGCAUCUUUGCUUGGAAUGCCUGCUUUCCUAUUGUCUACUUUCGGGAUUCUAUUAUGCAUGGAUUCUAUGGAAUGUUUUUUACAUGCUCUAAGAUUACAUUGGGUGGAAUUUUAGAGUAAGUUUUAUAAAGGCAAUGGAUAUAAUUUUGAAAUAUUUUCUUAUAGAAAAGAGAUGAAGAAAUAUUAAGAUAAAAUGAAAACUUGA